AAAUGUAAUGAGGAGAUACUUAAUGGAAAAUGUGGAACAAAUAUUAUAAUAGUUGGCAACAUCACUCGCGCGGCUAUUUCAUCUAUGUUCAUCUCGAUUAUAACCUCAAAAAGGUCUUGCGAAUGUGGUUGGUUGCCAGCCGCUGCUCCGUGUUGGGUUAUAAAUCGUAGACGCCGCUCUAGUUCAGUCUUGCGUGUAAUUUGCUUCAGUUCACUACAAAUUUAAAAAUAACAUUAUGAAGCCUCCUUACAAAAUCGCUGAUGAAAAGUUGGCUGAAUGGGGCAGAAAGGAAAUCAUGUUGGCUGAAAAAGAAAUGCCUGGUUUGAUGGCAUGUCGUCUCAAGUAUGCACCAAGCAAAAUCCUUAAAGGUGCAAGGAUUGCAGGCAGCUUGCACAUGACUGUACAGACUGCUGUACUUAUAGAAACUCUUGUUGAACUAGGAGCAGAGGUCCAAUGGUCAAGUAGCAACAUUUACAGCACCCAAGAUGAAGCCGCGGCUGCUCUGGUUGCUGUCGGAAUACCGAUUUACGCGUGGAAAGGUGAAACUGAAGAAGAAUAUACAUGGUGUAUUGAGCAAACACUCAUUUUCCAAGAUGGAAAGCCAUUGAAUAUGAUUCUGGAUGAUGGUGGUGAUCUGACAAAUUUGGUCCACACCAAAUAUCCUCACCUACUAGAAGGUGUAAAAGGUAUCUCUGAAGAAACCACAACUGGUGUCCACAAUUUGUACAAAAUGUUCCGUGAAGGAUUAUUAAAAGUACCAGCAAUCAAUGUUAAUGACUCUGUUACGAAGAGCAAAUUCGACAAUCUUUAUGGUUGCAGAGAAUCUUUGCUUGAUGGAAUCAAGAGGGCAACUGACAUUAUGAUAGCAGGAAAAGUUUGUGUUGUUGCUGGUUAUGGUGAUGUAGGUAAAGGAUGUGCCCAAGCUUUCAAAGGAUUUGGCGGAAGAGUAAUAGUAACUGAAAUUGACCCUAUAAAUGCUCUACAAGCUGCAAUGGAAGGAUUUCAGGUAACUACUAUGGAAGAAGCUGCUGAAACUGGACAAAUCUUCGUAACAACUACAGGAAACCUAGAUAUCAUUACUAAAGAACAUUUUCUAAGAAUGAAAGACGAUGCCAUUGUCUGCAACAUUGGACACUUUGAUUGUGAAGUAGAUGUUGCAUGGUUAGACAACAAUGCCAAGAAAGUAAACAUUAAACCUCAGGUUGACCGUUAUGAAUUGGAGAAUGGAAACCACAUCAUUGUGCUUGCAGCUGGAAGACUUGUCAAUCUAGGAUGUGCUACAGGACAUUCAUCCUUUGUGAUGUCUAAUUCAUUUACCAAUCAAGUACUGGCUCAAAUUGAACUUUGGACAAGACACAAUGCCUACCCUAUUGGAGUUCACACAUUGCCCAAAAAGCUAGAUGAAGAAGUUGCAGCAUUACACUUGGAUCAUCUUGGAGUAAAACUAACCAAACUGACACCCAAGCAAGCAAAAUAUAUUGGUGUACCAGUUGAAGGUCCAUACAAACCUGAUCAUUACAGAUACUAAAUUGUUCUGUUCUUGCUUUAUACUUGGUUUUCUAGGGAUGAAUUAGAUAAUAAUUUACUUUUUUAUAAAGUGUUAAAUCAGUAUACUGCAAAUAAUCACUAUACACUUUAAUGCAUCAUACAAUACAUAAUACUUGUGUACUAACUUCUACACACAUUAGUUAAAUUCUGAUACACUAAUAGGAAUUUAAAUGUAUACCUACAAUAUUACAUUAAAUGGUAAUUUGGUGUGGUUUUGAUACACUAACGCAAUCCUAAA